AUGUCAUCACCCUUGUAUAGAGGAGACCAUGCUGACUUCGCUCAUCACUUGAGUUUGUUGAAACUUGAAGAAUCCGAUGGUCAAUCUGACGAAGUACUUCUUGCUCCUGUACUGACUGGUCCGGUUCUCAACCAACCGUCGCUCGACCCUACGCAAUAUGGACUCCUAGGGGGCGUGAAGAAAAUCGAUACGCCUAUUUACUCCACCAUGGACGAUGAACUGACGAAAAAAGACCCCCGAUUGUUUUUCAACGUUUCAUCACCUUCGAGCGUGUUCAUUUGCGGAUCCCAGGGAUCCGGAAAGAGUCACACGCUAUCUUGUUUGUUAGAAGGGUGCUUGAUUCCAUCCAAAGCUGGCAGGCUGUUGAGCCCCUUGACAGCUGUCGUAUUUCAUUAUGAUGCAUUUAUCUGUGAUGGCGGUGGGUCGCCUUGUGAAGCUGCCUUUCUGUCGUCUCAUCCCAAUCUGAAGGUCAGAGUACUUUGUGCUCCGACCAACCUUCGCACUAUUAAGGUGAGGGGGGCAAGCAUCAAUAAAGCCCACAUCGCUUACAAUGCUACAGGAUUUAACAUCGAUGUGCAGCCUUUACAGAUUGAUCAGUCUCACCUGAACACCAAACGAAUGCUGGAUCUCAUGUCAGUUGCCCGGAAUAGCAGCGCUGGCCCAUUAUACUUGCAGACUGUUCAACGGAUACUGCGAGAGAUGCGUCUGCUACAACAAAGCACAGGAUGUCCGUUCAAUUAUCAAGAUUUCAAGAGCAGAGUACUCGGUUCUGGGCUGCUGACUAGUCAAAUGGAGCCCUUGAAGCAAAGGUUGGAUAUUCUCGAGAGCUUCAUGCCCCCCAACCAAGCAAGGACGGAUUACAAUGUUAAGGGAACGAAGGCAAAACCCCAUGAUGGAGGUUCAAUCUGGGUCCCCAAGUUGACAAUCGUUGAUCUCUCCUGUCCUUGUGUUUCCCCUGAUACCGCCUGCAGCCUUUUUAACGUUUGUUUUGGAAUCUUUAUGGAACAAGAUACCAGGAUUGGUAGGAUCGUCGCUCUUGAUGAGGCCCACAAGUAUAUGAAGGACUCUGUCGAAGCCCAGAAUUUUACAGACACCCUUCUCUCCACUGUUCGAUUACAACGUCACCUCGGCGCUCGCAUCUUUAUUUCAACUCAGGAGCCAACCAUCUCCAGCGAUCUUCUCGAUCUAUGCUCUGUCGCUAUUGUCCAUCGAUUCUCAUCGCCUGCAUGGGUUCGUGCUUUACAAUCUCAUGUGGCUGCGGCAGCCUUGAAUCUACAUGCAGCGAAAGACAGUCUGGCAAAAGAUGAGCAGGCACUCCUCGAUAUUCCAACAAGGCUCUCUAUCUUUCACCGGAUCGUCAACCUUAAAGUGGGCGAGGCUCUGCUCUUUUCGCCGGGGGCCAUGCUGAGUAUCGUAUCCAAAGAGGCUGAGCAAGAAAUGGUCAGACUAGGCUCCGGCUAUAUGACUAUCAAGGUGCGAGGCAGGCUUACAGAAGAUGGCGGGAAGAGUGUUUUAUCCACCUGA